AUGACUAUGAUAGGUGCCGCACGCCCUUUGCCGCAGAUCGGUGGGCCCGAUGCCUACGAGGCCUACCGGAAGCCAGGUGAUAAGUUUCGCUCGGACGCAAUGGUACGAUGCCUCAGUGCGCGUGCCGGUGAAGAUGAAGAAGCCGACCUGCGGGCACGGGAGGAUCUGCACCAGGGGGCAGCCGAGCGCGAGGCUUCUCGUCGACUCGAAAGACUAGAAGGACGUCCGGUAAGCUUAUGACCCGAGCAUCACACAGAGCCACACCCACAACAUAACUAGCUGCGAGCGAAAGACGAUAUAUUGCAGUGCACAUAGCAAUUUGCUUCAUAAAAGCUGACUCGUCCUCGCACAGAAUGACAAGCAAUCUGAGGACGAACCUGUAUCACAUGCCACGGUGGAAGUGAGGGCUCGAGACGGCUGGAGUGAGAGCGGCCGAGAAGAAGCGCAUCACCACGCUGAUGGCGGGGAUAAGACCACGAAGCGAACUGUCUCGCCGAGGGAGAAGAACGACUCCACUGGAUAUGAGCAUGCAGAAAUAUCGAGUGGUAAUGGCUGUAGUACGAGGAAAACGGAGAGGCAACAAGAACGUCGCAAGACCGGCGUCCUUCUGCGGAUGCCCACCAAGGGCAGAGAGUAUACCGAGGAGCAAGUAUCCUGGAUCCGAGAACGCCACAUCGAAUACGGAAAGAAGCAGAAAGGCCGACGGAUCCCGGCCGGAGAGCUUCUUGAAGGAUUUAAUCGAGCUUUUCCGGGAAGCACGAGGAGUCGUAGCAGUCUUUCGAGUUUUAUCGACCGGCGCAAAGAGUUGAGCGCAUUGCGGAAUGGCUUCCGCGGCUAG